GGGAAAGUGUGGAAGAGGACUAGGAUCCAAAUUGGCGUAUUUCCCGACCUUCGCUGCUCUCUCGGCCCUUCCGCCAGCCUCGAUACCAGGGUGUAUCUCCCUUACUUCAUCCCUGAAACAGCCUCUUUAACCCGUUUAAAUGAGAAUGUCCUUGGCCCAGAGAGUACUGCUCGCCUGGCUUUUCACACUGCUCUUCUUCAUCAUGUUGGUGUUGGAACUGGAUGAGAAGGCACCCUGGAACUGGUUCCUCAUAUUUAUUCCAGUCUGGAUAUUUGACACUAUCCUUCUUGUCAUGCUGAUUGUAAAAAUGGCUGGACGGUGUAAGUCUGGCUUUGACCCCCGACAUGGAUCACACAAUAUUAAAAAAAAAAAGCCUUGGUACCUCAUCACAAUGUUACUGAAGUUAGCCUUCUGCCUCGCACUGUGUGCUAAACUGGAACAGUUUACUACCAUCAGUCUCUCCUAUGUCUUCAUUCCUUUAUGGGCCUUACUGGCUGGCGCCCUAACAGAACUUGGAUAUAAUGUCUUUUUUGUGAGAGACUGACCUCCGAAUACAUCAUCUCAUUUAUGUUGCUGUUCAACAAGCUCUACAGUAUUUUAAAUCUUUGCAAGUUUCAAGAAUAACAGAACCAAGGGAAAAUACCAAGUGUAGUCUUAAACUACUAUAAAACAGGAUUUGUGCGGCAUGAACUUGUAGCCAACCCAAAGCUAAAUUAUUGAAUAUUCGAGUUGAUAUCUUUAUUAUCCCUGUGUAAAUAAAGCUUGUUUCUGACCU